AUGAUGUCUAACAAACGUAGCAUUACUACCGUGGAAAUCGAGGAGUACCAGGAUCACCCAAGUGUGGCAGUCAGCAGUUUAUUCAAGGGUGUUCGUGUGCCUGAAGACACUAAAUUUGAACUAUACAGAAAGAAAUCUUCCAAAGGUGCCUUUGUUCUGCACGGUGAAAAUGACAGACUAGAGUAUGAGGGAUCCACGGAUUCAAAUUCUACAGACGCAAACCAAUACGUCGUUGGUGUUUACAACCCAAGUAAGAAAGCUAUUCAACUAUACAAGGCUCCAGUAAUUGACUCGAAAGUUAUCUCUAAGAGUUGCAAGAACCUAUCUGGUCCAAAGAUCAAAAGUCAAAAGGAAAUAAGAAACUCCGUACUAAGAAAUGCCUUGGGUGAAGCAUUUGGUACUAAAAAAGCAAAGAAAGCCAUCGCCGAUCUUGAGAGAAACCGUGUUGAUUCCGAUAAACUGGUGGAUUCUGCAAUUGACAUUGUUGAUUCUGUCAGGACUGCUGCAAAGGGUUUGCCAUCAAGACAAGAAUUAGAAGACAAGAUAACUCUGGACAGACCAACUCCAGUGGCUAACGUCGAUGCUACAGACGUGGAACAAAUCUACCCUGUUGAAAAUAUAAUACCGAAGAGAGAAUGGCAGUUUAUUCGUGUAGGCGCAUUCUUAAAGGAGAAUGACCCUGAGAAAAGAUUGGAGAUGUUACCUUACACUAAAUCUCAAUACAUCAGUAAGAAGUUGCCAACUUUGACCCAAGCAGCUCAGACAACUAAACUUCAAUUAUUAUACUACCUUUCUUUACUAUUAGGGAUCUAUGAAAACAGAAGGGUCAACAAUAAAGUAAAACUAUUAGAAAGGCUGAAUUCACCACCAGAGAUGUUGCUGGACGGUGUACUAGAGAGAUUCACAAUUUCCAAGGCCAGCCAAAUUGGCAGAUCGAAGGACAGGUCGUUUGUCAUUGAUCCACAAAAUGAGGACAAAUUAUUAUGUCAUAUUUUGAUCCUCGUUAUGCAUUUACACAAUUUCAUUGUGGAGAUUUCUCCAUUGGCUAAGGAACUAGCAUUGAAACCAUCAAAAGUUGUGAGUCUUUUCAGAGUGAUUGGUGCGGUCGUAAAGGGAGCCACUGUUGCACAAGCUGAAGCUUUUGGAAUUCCCAAGAGUUCUGCUUCAACCUACAAAAUCGCUACAUUGAAAGUUCCUUUCAAAUUACCACAGAUGACAAGAAGAGGAAGAGCCCCACGAUAA